CAAGUAUGUAUCUGGAUAUUGUGCACUGAGGCGCAGUAUUAUUCUUACUCUUGGCACUCAUCACACAACUGGGAAUUAGAAAACGUUACUCAUCUUAGAAAGAGUGGAGUGCUCAUCGACUAACUUGUCGUGAGCAACACGUACGAUGGGGGCAAGAGAGAGGGCGAAUGCCAAGAAAAAAAAGAAACAAAUUGCGAAGAAACAGAUUCUUAAAGUCCGGAAACACGAGAAAUUACCAGCACAAAGUAUCGGUCAACUACCAAUACUUGAUAAAGACGAGCACUUCUCGAAAUCGAGGAGGCGGGGAGAUUGUCCGGACGUAGUUGCGGCGCAAAACAGGAAGAAGUUAUCAAAUAAUGAAGACAAUGUGUGCACAUACGGAGCGAACCAGAAAAUACUCGUCGUAGGCGACGGUGAUUUUGGGUUUAGCGCCGGAUUAGUAUCGCACUGCAAGGGUAAGGGAUCGAAUAUAGUAGCCACAAGUUAUGAUAAAGCGAAAGAACUGACGGAAAAGUAUGGCGAGAGAGCAACACGGCACAUCCAAGCUAUUGAAUCGAAAGGAGGAGCUGUAGCCCAUGGUGUUGAUGCGACAGAGCUGAAGCAAACGCUACCAAAGAAAUUAUCACAGAAAAAGUUCGACUGUGUUGUUUUCAACUUCCCACACACGGGCAAGCAGCGUGUGCAUCUCAACAGGAAGUUGCUCCUCGAUUUCUUCAUAAGCGCGAAACAAAUGGUCCAACCAGGGGGUGAAAUCAGGUGCACGCUCAAGAAUAAGCCCCCGUAUUCGGGGUGGGAAAUACGAAAGCAAGCAGAUGUGGCCGGGAAUCUUGGACCAGCUGUGGAAAAACGAUUUGAUUUCUCUCUGUUUAAAGGAUAUAGGCACAUGACGACGGAACCGGAUGCAAAGAAGUUCGAUGCGUUUGAGAAGCAUUGUGUAACAUACUGCUUUGUAGUGAGCAAUAACGAACCGAUAAUCUCAGAUAUAGAUGUUAGCUUAUUCGUUUGAUAUCAAAUAGAAGGUAAUAUUUGAUGGCAUCUACAAUCGACGAAUUUGAAUGAAAUAGACGAGAAUAAGACGCAUAUAUACAAGAGAUGGUAAAUGAUUGUUUGUACGGAUAUUCUCGAGGUCGCGUUUAGGUAAUUUUCAUAGUCCAUGUCAAUGAAGCGGCGCUAUCAAUAUCAAGUUGGAUGUCCAGACCUUUGAUUUUUUCGCCUUAUAAUUAAGCACGUUAUUCGUGAUUAGCCAAACGCAUUAUCACAUCUACAAUGCCGU